AUGGAUCGCUCUUUUGACCGGAUCGCCAAAGAUGCUCAAAAUAUUCGAGACGAUUCUUUUGCUGACUCGUCCAGGUCUACUGGCCAGAUUGGCGCUCGUGGUCACUUAAUUACUGGGACUUCUGAUCUACAAACUCAAAUUAAGAAGACCGGGCGUUCUUUUCCCGCCACUACAGUGUCAACUGUUGACGAACGUCUCACCCUACUCGAGCGCCGAGAUGAGGCUCGUCGUCGAGUGCGCAUAACUGCUGCAAAUGAGGCAAAGUUUUCUUGUGCCACUACGUCGCCACAUGAAUGGAAUGGGUUAGGAGCUUGCGCUUCGGAUGAUUGGUCCUUCCGUCGACAUGCCAAUGUUGAUGUAGUUCGUGGAAAUUGUCCGGACAUGUGUCCUGAGACUGAGCGAUAUUGGCGAGAAGCCAAGCAACGCAUUUCAGUAAGUGUUACGCAUUCACCGCUAUCAUUAAUUAUUCCUAUCUUAAGUCGAUUGCGCUCCUUUUUUGGUCGUCAUUCUAGUCAAAACGACAUUUAUUCUAGCCCUUCCUAA